AUGAACGUCUUGAAAAACCGCAAAUUUGCGUUUCUUGUAGAUAUUACAUCCUACAACGUCAACAACUAUAAUAAUAUCUACACCGUUGUCAAACUUACAGAAGAUGUGUCCAUUGUUUCCCAAUUGGAAAGUAAACUAGAACUUAUGAGUACUCAAUCAGUGUCCUUAAAUGAAGUACCCCUGGAAUCAGAUGAUGUUGUUCAGAAUGUUCAAAAGGAUGUGAUAUCACAAACGGAUGAGAGUUUUACUCCCUCAACAGUUGAUAAAUCAUCUGCAACCAGUCCAAUGAAAAUAUCAAGUGAUUUGAAGCGCAACCUCCAUGACAUUUAUAACGUUGAUUGUGGAGGUGAUUUGAGUUCAACAAAAUCUAAAAGAAAAUCAAUCGGAGAGGGAAAUCCACUUUUAGUUCCAAAAGUGGAAAAGUGA